AUGGCUCUCGAAGAACACAGGAAAGAGUCAGGAGCUUUGAAGACGAAGACACAAGAAACUUUAGAGGAGCUCCGAAAAGCCAAAGACGCGGCGAAGAGACGAGAGACAGAGAGGCAGCGCCUUUCGGAACAGUUGGACGAAGUCAGAGCCACCGCUCAGAGCGAAAAAGAGGCGCUGUCGUUGUCAUUAGAUGUGGAGAGGGCACGCCUCUCAGGGUGUCCAUUAGUCGGUCCGGGCUCGUCCAAGGCUCUCGGACGGUCCGCCGAGGAAGUUAAAGAGUCAAAGCAAGCAGCUCAAAGCUGUGAGAAUGAGAUCGAAGGUGUAAGGGCAGAGCUGAAACAAGUCACCACACGCGCGGAAACGGCAGAAAAGAAGCUUCGUCGGGCAGCCAGCACACUCCAGAGCCGAGACGAUAGAAUACGACGCCUGAAGGCAGAUGUGAGGAGGGUCUACAAGCAAGUUGAAGAUGUGGCGGAAGAGCUGGAUGCCGCGAACGAGGAAGCUCGUAUUAACAGAAAGGAGUUCUCCAAGCAAGAGAAUGAGGCGGGAGAGAGAUUGAGGAAGGUAACGGAAAUGGCCAAAGCCUAUAAAGAAAGGCUGGGAAGGGCGAUCGAGGUGAUGAGGGGCUGGAGUGAAAGAGCCGAAGAAAUAAAGACGCACCUAGAGCGAACGGCAGAGGAUGCGAAGGCUGAGCUCCAGCAAGCAAGCCAUGCGUAUUCAGGCAAAGAGGCUAAGCUGAAAGCGCAAAUGGACGGCCUUUCCGGACAGCUUCAGGCAGCAAACCAAAGCUGCAUUGAUCAAUCGGCUGUGUCGAGAAAACAAAUCGGGCACCUUACCAAGACAUACUCUGAAGAGACGACCAAACUCAAGGCAGAUGUUGAGGGACUACGUGGACAGCUCCAGGCCAAUUUCGAUUAG